AUGGCUGGUGUCCGUGAUGCUACGGUGGGCUGUCACCGAGUACCGGGGUCCAUCCACCGUGCGGUGCCAGCAUUGUCAGAUAGCGGUGCAUUCACAUCCAAUGCUGCUGCACUCUCUGGCAAUCUGCAGCAACCCAGACAUCACGAACGAAGUGGACGGAUAGACAGUCAGGAUGGCGUUUUCGAGAUUCACUGCGCCCAGCAGUUACACAACAUCAUGUUUAUCAUCUCAACGGACGAAUCACUGGACGGCUGGCUAACAUGGGGAUCACAUUCUACAGGCGCCGAGGUCAUCUCCCUCAUCCUCCUCUUCAACAGGCUCACCGGCCUAUAUGGCCUGCUCGCCAUCCUUACGGGCUACGAGCUCUCCGUGACGCAGCUGUCAAUGUACCUCUACUCGCUGGGCGUCGUCGUCCUGCUGGCCAUGUUCAUGCCCCACAUCCGCAAGCAGAGCCCCUUUGAGACGCUGGGCCUCGCGUGGCUCUACAUCGUCGACACCAUCCUCAACGUCGCGUACACGACCUUCUUCGCCGUAAACUGGUACCUCAACAGCAGCGCCCUGGACAAGCACCCGGCAGGGAGCACCACCCCGGCAGCGGCUGGCCCGGCCGCGGCGGCGGAGAUUGCGGAGACGGCGCUCGCCAACGGAGCGCCUGUUGUCCCUGAUGUUCCCGGCACGACGAAGCACAUUGGACCCCAGGAGUCGUGGAUGAGCUUGGGGCUGAUUUGCUCCGUCACGCUGGUGCGCGUCUACUUUGCGCUCGUUGUCAUGUCGUUUGCGCAGCAGGUGAUGCAGCGGUACACGGCAGACAUGGGCUGGGAGGAGGAAGGCCGCAGCAACGCCGGCAAGAAGGGCGGCGUCGACGGACCUUUCUCGCAGGGCGAACCGGGCGGCGAAGGGUCCCGAGGCCGUAUCGGGCGCGUGAUGCUCGCUCUCGGUCGCGGGUACUGGCUUCGCGAGAGGCCUCAGGAGGUGUGGGCGAGCGCUGUGAGCGCCAAGUUCCGGCACGCCGGAGUUUAA